CGUAGCGCGCGUUUCAAUUGCCUCGUAGCUCUACGAUUCCCGUCCUCCGCAUAGCCGCCUCCAUCGCAAACGCACCAUCGACUUCACUUCUCGAGAAUGGCUCCGUCCCUCAGCCUCCGCCCUCGUACUAGCGAUCGGCCCUCCACCAGCCAGGGCGACCAUAGCCUCAUCAUUCCCAGCCGGACCUCUUCCCUUCACUCGAGGAUCACGCAGCCGCUCCCUUCAACGCUGAACAUCAAGCAAGGCCAGAGGGGUCCCAAGACAUUGACCCACGCUUACAUGGUAUGCGGUGUGGGCAGGGAGCCUUCGCAAUGGGUCAAGGCACCGCCGCCGAGCCAGGGCAAGAUUGGCCAUAUGAAGGGUGCUGUCGGCGCCUUCUGGCUGCCGGAGAUUCUGGGAAGCAGCCCCAGGCUGGAGCAGGACAAUGAAAUUGCCCGGUCUCUGCACGCCGCCAUGCGGGCGUGUUUCCCUCACGAUGUCGAAAUCUGCACGGGCAGGACCCAACCGCAUUGUGUUCAUCAUUCUUUCGUUUUGCAGCAGGAUUCUUCCCAUACCCUGUACGGCAUUGCUCUGCGCGUCUGGUCGCGAGCCGACGAGAAGAGGGCCGAAACCAUUCGUGAGCUUCGCAAGCGCAUCGAGCCUGACUUCUUCGAUAACCCCGAGGAAACCUAUUGGAUCCCCUAUUGCUUAAGCUUCCUCUCGCGCUAUCCCCUCUACAACCUCCUAGGUGAUUACCUCCGAGGCAUGUGGAUUCACUGGAACAAGGCCACCAAUCUGUUCCACGCUGAGGAGGUAUCGAGGAUCCUGAGCUUCCCUGCCCCGCGUCUCAACGACCUGGUGCGAAUCGACAUGAAGGACUACGCAUUGUGCUACCAGUUCCCCUCUUCUCCAACAGGAUUCCAGAACUUCGCCAUGUGGCCCCUGUUUUCCUGUCUCUCGAUUCCCAACAUAGUCGGUGUCAUCGAAGCAGCCGUUUCUCCCACCCGGAGAAUCAUCUUCGUCAGCCACUAUCCAGCCAUGCUCACCAUCGCGGCUGAAACUGUGCGCUUCUGCGUCCGUGUGUACGAGUGGAGCGGACUGUAUGUUCCCGUGGUUCAUGCACGCCACGUCAAGGAUCUUGUCGAGGAACCGGGCCCUUAUAUCCUUGGUGUAACCUCCGAGUGCAAGUCGCUCUUCACGGCUCCCACGGACGCUCUCGUCGUCGACCUGGACCGCAACUUCGUUCUGACAUCCAGCCCGCCGAGUGUUCUUACCGCUGGCCAGAGGACGAAAAUGAUCACCCGUCUUACUCAGGCGCUGAAUAGUGAGGUGGCGCCUACAGGCGUUCCACAACAUCUGCGAUCAGCCUACGGAGGCGGCAAACUGAUACCAGCUGGUCAAAUCAUUGUGAUGCGUGGUGAGGUGGAGAGCAUCCAAGAUCCCGACUGGUGGAACCAGGAUGCAGUCAUGGCCGUCAUGGACCACGUGUGCGAGAAAUUGGGUCGUAAUACGGGAAUGAAGGCAGUGUUCGGCGGUUCUGUCAAGAAGCCCCUGAUGACCAAGGUCUCGAUGCGUCACCUGAAUGAGAUUGUCAGGGAACGCAACCAGUACUCGCGUGACGCCAUGGAAGCCUGGCAGGACUUCAUCAAUCUCAAGGGUCGCAUGGACACGGAAUUGUCCAAGGUCACCAAGAGGAACAACUUCCUGGUCGAGGAGCUGGAGAGCUGGAAGCAGCAGUUCCUCAAGUUCCAGGCCUUCGCCGAACAGCUCACCAAGGAGACCCAAGAGCUCAAGGUCAAGAUUGAGAACCAUAAGAGGGAGAAUCGUCGUCUUACUAGCCUCAUUGACCAGCAGAAGGACGAUGCCGCUCGUCUUACCGUCCGCCUCUCCGGCACAGAGAAGCAGCGUGAUGAUGCAUUGGAGGCACUCGUUCUCCAGCAAGAGAUUGCGGAAGAAUUGGAACGCGAGAGGAAGAGGAACAAGAAGGAGAUCGCUGCCCUUCAACACACUCAGCAAGGGCUCAUCCGCCAGCGUGAUGAGGCGCAACGUGUCGUUCUGCACCUUCGCGCUUUGAUCGAAGGCCAAACUCACCACAUGGAGCACAUCGUGAAAUCGCUCAAUAGCCCGGACUUCGCCAACUUCAUCGAGGAGGAAUUCCAAGAUGUGCCCGAAGAGGACGAAGAUCAUGUGGAGGAGAGCAUCGCUGCAGGGAAGGCAAAGUCCCAAGCCGGCACCAUCCGUGGUGCUGAUGGUCUUGUCGAGCGGAACGAGUCGAGAGCCAGCACGGUGGACGGGAAGCACCUGGACGGUGAGGAUGUCACUCCAGACAUGGAAAGCCGCCUGCUGCACAGCCCAGUUGGCCGCAAUUCGAAGCGGUACUCGAAUCUGUCCCUGGUCGACGUUGCCGAUCGCCACCUGCGCGACAAGACUGAUGCGAUCGCGUACAUCAUCCGAAACAUCUCGGAGCAAUGCGCCGCAGCUGUGGAAGGCCUUCAGCUGGCCCAGCAAGCGGACACAGAGGACGGCGAUAACGAAAGUGAGCGCAGAGCCAGCGUCGCUCUCUCUUCCACUGCCGACGGGCGUCCUGUCUCCACUCAAAGUAGCGACUAUGGCGAAGAUGACAUGAGUCUACGACCUGGGCGCCACUCGAGCAUUCCUCCUACUCCAGACCUCACCCAUCGGUCCAGCACGUCCAUGUCCAUGGCCAGUGCGUCCACAACGCCAGACCGGUAUAGCCUUCAGCAUCGGGCACAUGACGACGGCUCCGGAGUUCCCACUCGCAUUGUUGAGCAUGAUGAUGAAGAUCUGGCUGCAGAGAUGCACUCUGAUAUGGUCCCCGUGUCCAAAUACGCCCAGCCAUUGUCGCAACCUACUCAACAGACGCGCGCAGUGCAGUAGUGGUGCCAUGAUCCCCUUGCGCUGUCGGUUGUUGCCAUUGUUGUACUUGGACAUUCCUUUCUUCGCCUCUGAUAUGUCUUACUGAAUCG